CUGGAUCGAGUCGCGGCAUUGCAGCAAACGUCGGCAUCUCCUGUUCUUGGCUUGACAUCUGCAGUGUCGAUGGCUUCGAGCUCCGGCACGGAGGCGCCGGGCGCGAACGUCAACGCGCCCGCCCCCGCGGCCGCGGUCGUCGUCGAGAGGAGCCCGGCGGCGGCUCGCCUGUCGGAACUCGGCGUCAGGUCCUGGCCUAAGUGGGGCGGCCCUCCGGGGAGGUAUGCGCUGAGGUACGGCGCGCGGCAGACGUGCUACAUCGUGAGAGGGAAGGUGAGGGCCACCGUGGAGGGCUCGCCAGAGCGCGCAAUAGAGUUCGGCGCCGGCGACCUCGUCGUCUUCGCCAGGGGGGCGCGGUGCACCUGGCACAUCGCCGCCGCCGUCGACAUGCACUACGCCUUCGAUCCGACUUAACAGGACGCAAAAGACUUGUUCUACGUAUACUGACUCAGAAUGUGAAAGCUGAAAACUGAAGACCUGUAAUUUCUGUGCAUGGCACUCUUUAAAAGAAAAAGAAACGUCAUUGCUGUUGAUCAUGGGUGAAGAAACCAAGCAUUGCAUCUGAUUCUUGCUCCAUUGUGCUGCA